AUGCUGUCAAGCAAGGGCAUUUCUGCUGCUCCGCGAGCCCCCUGGGCUCGCCCUACGCCGCAGCAGCAGCGGCUUGUGGCAAGCCAUGCGCGGGAAGAACAGAAGGGCGAAGGUAUCUACUUCGACUAUGAGCCCGUGGACGACGCCCCCACGAACCCCAAGCUUCUCGAGCUCG